UUGCGACAUCAAACUGCGACGGCUAACAGAUGAUGUAAUCACUGCGCGACACACAGUCAUCUGUGUCAAAUUAUAAAUCUUGCACAAUAUACCUUCUGCGCUCUUAAAAUGUUGAGUGCAUUUAAUUUUGUCACGGCGCGAAUUAUGUCAUUUUAAAAUGUGAUGACAAAAACAUUUUCUGUGCUGUUUUUCUAACGCUGAUACGUCGAAGACCCAUUGCUGUGGAGGCAAGCUCUCCGGUGGACGAAUGCCAAAACCUGUGAUUUGAGCGGUGCCUCAAAGACUCCAUGUCUUUCUUGGACUGCUCCUGCAUCUCCCACACUCAAGUCCAGCCCAUGGACCUAGAGGAGUGCUAUGAGGACACCAGUCAGCAUCUGUUGGGAUCCAGGAGCACCCCUCAACACCCAACAGUGAGAUGUGAUGAUAACAUCGCAGCACUAUCAGCAGAGCCAUCUCAUUACCAGUUCCUCAUUGAACUGGGCUGGGGCUUUAACCACCUGAGCCAGGUACACAUGGCGCGGCAUACUCCAACUGGGCAGCUGGUGGCAAUAAAACAAACAAACCUGGACGAAUGCUCAGAGGAGGAGCUGCUACAACUCCUGAAUGAAGUUUUCCUGUCCAGACGGGUCCGUCACCCUAACCUGCUGACCUUCCGACUUGUCUUUAGCUCUUGCUGCCAGCUGUGGGUCCUCACGCCACUCAUGGCAUACGGUUCUGCGCACUUCCUAAUGAGAACAUAUUUUCCCGAUGGAAUGAGUGAGUCCCUAAUAGCGUACCUGCUAUAUGGUGUGUUGCAAGCGUUGGAGUACCUUCACCGCAUGGGCUACGUUCACAGGGGUGUGAAGGCCAGUCACAUCCUGCUGUCAGAAGAGGGGCACGUCUAUCUGUCGGGGCUCCACUGUGUUUACAGCAUGAUGCGUGAAGGGAAGAGAAUGAGGGCGGUGUUCGACAUGCCCAACCAUAGUCCAGCCUUGUUGCCUUGGCUCAGUCCUGAACUACUGCAACAGGAUCUCCGUGGUUAUGGAGAAAAGUCUGAUAUCUACAGUUUGGGCAUUGUUGCCUGUGAGUUGGUGAGUGGCAAGGUGCCUUUCCAGGACAUGGCACCCACUCAGACACUGCUGCUGAAACUACGCGGUUUGCACCGCUGCCUACCAGACACCGCACUCUUCCCGCUCGGUGAACUGGGGGGGCUGAAGGUGUCCCGCUCCGGGGUGGACUCCGGGAUGGGGGAAAGCGCGGCCACUGGAAGCGCCACUCACAGCACUGCCGCCCCUCUGACCGCCGCGGAAGGACCUCAGAGUCCUGGACCGAAGAACCACUCGGCCACUUUGCACAAUUUGGUGCAACUGUGUCUGCAGCAGCAGCCUGAGCACAGACCGUCAGCCUCCAUCCUCCUGACGCACGCCUUCUUCAAACAGGUGAAGAGGCACACCAGAGACUCCUUUCUCAGCCUUGUUUACCCAGCGGUGCCAAUCACCAGCCCAGAAGUGCCGCUAUUAUCCUGCCCCCCCUCCCCUUCCUGCCAUGCUCAAACAACAACCACUGGGGUUUCUGCGGAGGCGUCAUGGGAUUUCUCUUAAAACAAGUUCUGUAAUUUGGAAAGUAUUUCUCGUCUGCUGUUCUAAAUGAACCCUCAAGGCAAUACUAUGUGCCGUUGUUAAAGAGCACAUAUUUAACAUCAUCAUACAGACCUUACCUCGCCACAUGAACGGUAAGAAAUACAGUAGAGAUUUCGUUGUGAAAUGGUGUGAGAUACUGUUUGUUAGUCUAUACGUGCCUGUUCAAAUGCCUUUUUUUUUUUUUUUUUUUUUACGUAAUGUGACCAUCAAUGUGACCUAUAACUGAACGGAAGCAGUUUUAAAGAGGGUGUGCUUACUUGUGCAAUCACAUCAGUAACGCAAUAAUUGUACAGGUCAUAGGUCAGAAAUUUUAUCCACAAUUAAUGUGAAUGUUUAGCUUUUUUUAUAUCACAAAAACCUGUCAUUUGAGCAGAGGUGUGUAGACUUUAUAGCUGCCUAUAACUACAGUAUGUGUACUGUAUCUUCUGAUGUGAAUUGUACUGUCAUAUAAAACUUCAAUUUGUAAUUGUAUAAGGGAACAGAAAAUAUUCUGGAGGAUGUAAACAACAUUCAAUCAGAAGUUUCAAAUGUCAUUACUAUUUCCUUCUGUGUUCUGUCUUUAGAAAUCACUCAGCGUUUACAGGAAUUCAGAGAUGUUAACAUGAUUAAAUCAUGGAGGUGUCUUACCUCAUUUGAAAUGGCUUUGAUCAAAUGUUAGGGGAAAAAUAAGCAAAGGACACAUCCUGCUCAGUCUAAGUGACCUCUGUGCUGUGUGUCGUAUUUCUAAUUUCGAAGAGUACAUAAGUAAUAUUUCCUGCCCUGAUGAGGAACCAAAGAAGAAAUCUAGCUGUGAGCGAGCAACAAAGCCGAAAACAGGCUUCACGCGGAGACCUCUGUAUAACUGUGAUUAUGUGCACUGUGAUGUAAAGUACAUAUCAAGGAUAAGAAUAGACAUUAAUAAACCAUUAUGCAAGUUAA